UGGCUACGUUUUGCAUAUCGGCCAACCUGUUUUUACCAAUAAUUACACAGUAAUUCAUCAUUGGGGAAAAAAAGUUGAAUGGAACAACUGACCAAUAGGUCUGUUGAUAACUACACACUUUUCAUUUAAUUUAUGAAACUUUUAAUAUUACAAUAGUAUAACUUUAUAUAACUGUAUGCAGCAAUACAUAACAUAGGCCAUGUGAUAUUAGGCCAUGAUCAUAUUUUUAUACAUAAUCCAUCAUACUUUCUAAACAUGCAAUUAUAAAGAUAAGUAGCUAUUGCAAAUAACCUACAAUUUUUCAUUGCACAGGUAGGCUAAAGUCAGUGUGCGGUGCUCAUACAAAUCAGUCUGAUCUCGCGAGUUUACUUUCGGCUUCGCUAAACGCAACGAGAGCGCAGCGGUCAGGAUGGUCUUGGAUCAGGCUAUCAAACAAUGCCCCCUUCCUUCAAACACAAGAAUAACCUCUCCCCAAUUUUUACCCCCUCGCUUUGGUUCCAUCUGGAACAGAACAUAAUGGCGGUUGAUGGUGGUGGAGGGAGGAGCUGUGGCGUGCAUGAGCUCAUCUGUGCCAGAAGAGAAUGGAAGACUUCGGUGUAGGGGCUUCAGACACAUACUCAAUGUAAACAAAAGAAACGCUGCUAGAAUGGAGAAGUGUCUCCAGAGCUGCUAGGAGUCCUAUCCUCCAUUGCGGCCUUUGUGGCCUUGAUGGCUCUAUUUUUUCUUUACGUCAGCAACAAGCUGUCAGUGGAGAGUGCCAGCGAGCUGCCAUGCCUCGACGACUAUAGGCCCAACCAGCAAGCCAGAGUCUGUGAUGAGAUGAUGAGAUAAUCUAGAACCCACCAGACAGUGUGGAGAAGGACAGCCACCACAGCCGUCAGCAAGUCCACCCAACAUGGCGUUCUUCAAGAGCUUUGGGCAGAACCUACCAUCUGUAAACAUCUCCUCCAUCUUGGAUUCAGUCAGCAGCAGAGUGGACGACCUAGCCAGUGCUGUCAGUGAUGCCACCUACAGCGUCAGUGACCAGCUGACCGAGCUCAGCGACCAGGUCAUCAAGAAGGUGCAGACGGAGGAGGAGGAGGCUGCAGAAGCGACAGAGGGGGCCCAGGACAGCAAGGAAGGAAAGGCCCAGGAAGGGAUAGCAGACUCAUUCAGGAGCAAAAUCAAGAGGCAGGCUUCUGAGGCCUGCUCAAGCUUGGCAGACUACAGCUCCAACCUCAGCCAAUCCAAUGACUCGAAGAAUAACCAAUCGAGUGACGUGACAGCAGAGGACUAUGUUCCAGCCCAAUUGGAAUGGGUGUGGAAAGAUGGAGGCUGGCGAGUGGUAAAACCAGGGGACAGUUCUGCAGAGGACAAGGAAAAGGAGGAGAAAAGGAAGGAGGAGGAAAAGACGAAGAAAGAGGAGAAGGAGAAGAGAAAGGCAGAGAAAGACAAGAAGAAGGAGGAGAGGCUGAAACAGGAGGAAGAGAAGAAAAAUAGCCAUCAAGAGACCAUUGAGGAAGAGCCUGAAGAUAAAGAAACCAGCUCAUUGCCGAAAGAGACCCACACUGCUAGUCAGAACAAAGAGGGCCAGAAAGAGGACAAAUCCAAUGGGAUCCACCAGAGUGACGACCAUAGUGAUCCACCGCAAUCUCUUUGCCCUGAGGAAGAGUCGAGAGCAUCCCAAAAGAAAAACAAGGGGAAAGCUGAAGAGGAGGAAGAGAAUGAGAUGAGUCCCGAGGGAGAUGGAGAGACUGAAACUGCUAUGUCUCCCGCUUCUAAGAAAAAUAAGAAAAAGAGUGACAAGAAAGAGAAAAUGAAAGGGAAGAAAGAGAGCAAGAAGACGAAUAAAGAGGAUAAAGAGCAGAGCUGCCCAGAGCGUGGCUCUGAGGAGGACAGUGAAGAGGACAGGCCAGGGGGACACUCUGAACCCUCAGCCCAGCACAGAGCCUCAGUCUGGGACAACCGACACAAACACACCAGCGACCACAGCAGUGAGGCCUCCGCCGGACAAGCCAACAGCAUCCAGCGGAUGAGACGAGGCUCUCCCCUCAACGAGCUCCAGCCACCCCCGUAUCAGGACGAGAAUAGUCCGGUCCGGGUGUCUCGCUCACGUUCUGGGGCGGGGGGUCUGGGGGAGUCGUCCCCAGACGUUAAUGGUACACAGCGCUCCAGUGAGGCCAGCGUUGACCCGGACACUGAGAGUUACCUCAACAAGGGCUAUGAUGAGGAUGUACCUAGUGACAGCACUGCCGUCCUGGGACCAGAGGAUGGUUCAACCUCCCAUCUUCACGUAGGCUAUGAGCCGGAGCCGCUGGCCAAGUACGGCACACUAGACGUGGCCUUCGAGUACGACUCGGGCGAGCAACGCCUUGCCGUCACUGUCACCGCAGCAACCGACAUCCCCGCACUCAAACAGACAGGGAACAUUGCGUGGCAGGUGCACCUGGUGCUGCUGCCCACUAAGAAGCAACGGGCCAAGACGGGGGUGCAGAGGGGGCCGUGUCCCAUGUUCACAGAGACCUUCCGCUUCACCCGGGUGGAGCAGGGGGCGCUGGCGGACCAUGCCGUCAGGUUCCGUCUCUACAGCGUUAGGAGGAUGAAGAAGGAGAAGGUGCUGGGAGAGAAGGUGUUCUACUUGACCAAACUCAACCUGCAGGGCAAGAUGGCGCUGCCCGUUACACUGGAGCCUGGCACAGCACUAACGGGCUGUGGAUCGUUGGUGAGUGUGUCUCGCAGCGUGGCAGCUUUGUCCUACCGCUCUACAUGGGACUCCACACCAGAGAUCCUGCUGGGCCUCAUCUAUAACUCCACCACUGGCAGGCUCUCUGCAGAGGUCAUCCAGGGCAGACAGUUCAACAACACAGCCUCAGACAAACCUCCCAACGGUCUGUUUUGUUGUAUAAAACAGCUAAUAGGGGGACAACUUUAUAUCAUGAGAGACACCUAUGUGAAGCUGACUAUGCUGGACUCCAAGGGCAAGGAGAUGUCCAAGUGCAAGACGUCGGUGUGCCGCGGUCAGCCCAACCCCACCUACAAGGAGACCUUUGUCUUUCAGGUGGCCCUCUUCCAGCUCUCCGAGGUUUCCCUGGUGGUGUCGGUGUACAGCCGAAGGAGCAGCAUGAAGGCCAGGGAGAAGGUGGGCUGGCUGUCCCUGGGGCUCAACAGCACUGGAGAGGAGCAGCAGGCACACUGGAGCCAGAUGAAGGAGGCCGAGGGACAGCAGGUGUGCCAUUGGCACACGCUCUCUGAAUCUUGAACAGGUCUUGAUGAGAAUCACCAGAUUUGAUCUUGUUAACAAAGAAUAAUCUGUAUAAAUAUAUGUGAAAUGAAAUGGUUAAAUAGGAGGAGGAAUACGUUGGAGGAAGAUUGCGGGGUAUGUUGACCUCAGUGUCGAGAGAGAGAAUAUGUUCCAUGACCUUCAUUCAGAGAAGCAGACGAGGAGCUGUGAGGAACCAUCCACCUAUACUACGCACCUGGUGUGGGAUGUGUGUGAGGGUGCAGCACUUUGAGAAGCACGUGGAUUCCACUUGGAGUCUCCCGUUCACUGACAGCUGCUUUACUACUCUUUCAUCUGUAAACCAGCCACUUAAUCUGAGACAGACGGGUCUGGUUGACUGACUGGUCUGGUGCUAAACUCCCAGUUCCAGUCAUGGUCGAUGGGGUCAUCAAAUUAGACUCAUCUUUGUAAUAACCUCAAAGGUGAAAUGGACACCUCUGGCCAUGAAAUGGACACCUCUGGCCAUGAAAUGGACACCGCUGGCCAUGAAAUGGACACCUCUGGCCAUGAAAUGGACACCGCUGCUCAUGAAAUGGACCAUUCAGUCUCAGAUUGAGAACAAUUUUGUCAUUAAUUUCCCAGAUUCUGGUCCACAAUAGUAGAUCUUCAUGUAAUUGUUGAUCAAAAUAGGACCAUACAUACAGUAUCUCCUACAAUGGACCAUUUUCAUCCUGAACCGAAGACCAAAGAGUGUGGAGAAGAACAACGACUUCAACAACCGUUCUUCCGGGGUUGUACUGAAUGACUAGAAGGGACAAAGCCCCUCAGACAUGGCAAUUUGACUGGAACAACUCACUGGUUCACUCAAUAUGGCUGACAAUUCUACGGUACUGUCCUCAAAUGACACCAGCAUAUCAGACAUUUCUCAUCUGAAGCUCACAGCCAUCGACAACGAGGAUAAUGCAAUGGAAUAGUGUUACCAUGACUGUUAGAGCCAGCUGGGCCUGUCGAUAAAGUCUACAACCCCUUUGGAUUUCUUAAACUGUUAUUGUGUCACAAAUGUGGUAUUAAAAUGGAUUUUAUUCCAUUUCUUUGGUCAACGAUCUACACAAAAUACGAUGAAAUGUCAAAAUGUAUUUUAAUUUUUUAGGAUUAAUGGGAAAAAAAGUGCAAUACUUGACUAUUGAGUUCUAUAUAUUGUGCUGUAUGUAUGGGGGACAGAGGAAGGGGUAGUCAUUACAAAAUAAUGUCAACUACUAUUAUUUCCAUAUAACUUAUGUGAUUUGUUAAGCCACAGUUUACUUCUGAACUCAUUUAAGCUUGCUUAAACAAAGUGGGUGAAUACCUAUGCAACAACUGUAUUUGUGUUAUUUAAUUUGUAUUAAUUUGUAAAAAUGUGUAGAAUCUUCUUUUAAUUUUGACAUUAAGUAUUUUUCAAUCCCACUUUGUAAUGUAACAAAAUGUGGAAAAAAGUUCAAGGGGGUUUAGACUUUCUAUAGGCACUGUAUGCUAAUGAGCAAUGCUUAUUUAUUCACUGUUUACAUUCUCGUUACAUUAUGCAAUAUCCAUUUGACAAAUUCAUUUUGUGUCUUAUUUUAGCGGUUUCUUUUUACGUCUGUUUCAUCUCCCGAUGCAUUGUUUGUGUCACGUCUUUUUGUUGUGGUCAUCUAAAUCAUCAUUUGAGAAUAGAAAAACAGUAUGAGUUUUGUUUUGACUCACUGGGUUGUCUUUUAAACAUUGUUGCAGAAUCAAAACACAAUACUGUACCCCAGUGGUCAACAACCUUUUCUGAGUCAAGAUCACUUUCUGAGUCAAAAUGCAAGCUGAGAUCUACCGCUCAGAUUAUUUUUUUUAAACAUGACUGAAAAAUCUUAAACCUAUGCAACAUUAACCAAUUAAAAACAGUUCUGUAGCAA